AUGGACAAGGCUAAGGCAGCAGUCAGCGAUUUCAUGAGCAAGGCUGGUCACCAUGACACCACUGUUCACGAGACCGUCGCUCCGGCCGUAGUGGAGGAGGUUGUCAAGCCUCAUGUACAUGAAGAAGUCAACACAGCCAUCGACAAGGAGGUCCACCAGGAUCACUACCACCGCACUGUCCAGCCAAUCAAGGACCGCGAGGUUCUCCCUGAGAAGCACACCGCACAACUUGGGGCAGUUCAGCACCGAGAGUUCGAUCACCGUGAUCACGACCACACCAAGCGCAACCUUGCUGCUGAGCAGGCUCAGUUCAAGGAUCAGCGCGUUGUUACGGAGACUAGUCACAGCCAGAGUGCUAACGCUGCCAUUGGAGGCGAGCAUGUCCACCACCACAUCCACGAGACUAUCCAACCAGUAGUCCAUAAGGAGACUAUCCAGCCCAGCGUUGUGCAUACUACUGUUCCCAUUCACGAGGUUCACCACAACGCUGCCACCAUCCAUGAGUCAUCUGAGCUUCCCGCCAUGACUAUGUCCGAAUUUAAGCAAAAGGGAGGUGUUCUCAGCGGCCGUGAUGAGCGUUACGACGGCUUCGAGGGCGAGCCCAAGCACAUUGGCGGCACCCUUAAGCACAUGAUGGAGGGAAAAACAAGUAAGCGCGACUCCCACCAGGACCACGAGGUUCGCGAGAGUGCCAUGCAUGGUGACUUCGACCCCCUUGACGGCGGCAAGCACAACACUGCUGCCGGUCGCCUCGGAGGCGCUGGUACCGGUGUCGGUGCCGCCGGUCUCGGACGGGAAACCAGCUCCGUGUCUAGUACCAGCCACUCCACUGGUACUCAGCCAAAGAAGGCUUCCCUCUUGGAUAAGCUCAACCCCUUGAAGGAUGCUGAUGGCGAUGGCAAGAAGGGUCUUAUGAAAUAA